AUGAAGACAGUGACCACUCAGACAUGGAUUCUGUCCUUCGGCUCUGAUCAUCUGCUGCCCAAAUUGCAAAAUCUGGAAGGCUCGGCGGAGGGGAAAUGUGACCCUUGCGAAGCGUCGCCGGGGAUCCCAAAAAAAGAUCGCGACAUUCCUAUGAAUGAGAAACCUGCAAAGGCACAUCAGAAGCGGCAGGAGGUUUCAGCAUUGAUCAUCUGUUACAUCCAUGGCUGA